UUCACUUUUAUAGCACUCUUAUGUUAUGCUUACAGAUUCCCAAAUUAAUAAUCAUUCAAGCUACAUCAGUCGAUACGGUGCUGACUAUGGUACUAAAUGGAUUUAUUUUCCGGACGAUGACGGGGAAUAUCACUACAUAAAUCUAACAAAUACUGAAAAUGAUGACAAUUUCAUACGGGACGCAAUGUAUGAUGAAAUGGAAUUCAGAUUAUAUCUGAGGAACGACUCGAACAGUUUUAUUUUGCUAGAUGAACGGGGACGGUUGGCCAACAGGAGAGACGUUUGUUACAUAAAAAAUAUUUUCAUACCCGAAAUGCCUCUUAAAAUAAUAACUCAUGGUUGGCUAUCUUCGGUGGAUGCAAAUGGAGUAUCGAGUAUAAAAAAUGCGUACUUGGAAACUAAAAAUGUCAAUGUGAUGACUGUGGAUUGGAGCUAUACAGCAAGUUCUAUAUUUUAUCCGUGGGCGGCAAAUGCGACUAAAACUAUCGGAGCCAGAAUAGCCAGUCUACUGGAUGGGUUAAACAAACUAUACAACGUGACUGGUAAUCAGAUACACCUUAUUGGUCACAGCCUUGGAGCUCAUGUUAUGGGUAUAGCGGCCUCUACAACCAGCAGCACUGUGCAUAGGGUCACGGGUCUCGAUCCAGCAAGACCUUUUUUUGAAUACCCGCCUAAAGAUGACGAUGCGAAACUAGAUUCUUCUGAUGCAAAUUUUGUCGACGUAAUUCACACCUGUGGUGGUCUAUUAGGGUUUGAAGGAUCAAUUGGUACAGCCGAUUUUUUCCCUAAUAAAGGAGUUGCCCCGCAACCAGGAUGCGAUAAUAUUUUCAAGAUCUUCGAAGCGUGCAGCCACGGCCGAUCAUUUUUUUACUUUACGGAAUCAAUCAAAUAUCCGAAAUCUUUUCCAGCUUAUCAAUGUCAAACGUGGCUUAAGUUUCUAGAACAUCGAUGUGUUCAUAAUGGAUUUAUGGGAGAAAGUGCCAAUGGGAAUAUGUCUGGAAAAUAUUUUUUGAAAACAAACUCAUUUGAACCAUUUGGUUUACGCGCUAAUUGAGAAAGUUAUGCGUAUUUAACUGCAAAAUAGUGAAGGGAAAAACAGGACCCUGUUGCUAGGACUUCGCUGUCCAUCCGUCCAUUCAUCUGUCAAGCACCAAGCCGCAUUCAGUAUUUUUAUUUUUAUCAACUUAAAAGUUGAAUCAUUUCACCAUAACGAUAAACAUGCCAUAACCAACCAAGGUCAAUAGUAAAGUAAAAUAGUAAUUUUAAAAAUUUUGUAUGCCCUUGAAGGUAAAUAAUGCAAGAAAAUUGUUUUUUAUGUAACAUCUUGCUUUGCAAACCUAUUCGUAUUGCAUAAAUAUUCAUGUUUUCAAGACUAUCUCUUCAUUAAAAUCAGUAAUUACCUUAUCAUUACGAUUUUUAAAGUCAAGAAUGAAUCGGAAUCAAUCCGUGUGGAAGACUUCGUGUAAUAUUGAAUAUUCACAACAUGACAACGGUCUACUAUGCCUUACCUACGUUGGUUUCCAUUUAUUCGAAAGAAUAUCCAUUUUUGGUCACUUCCGAAAUCACUGGUGGUCACACUAUUUUAUUAUUUUUAAGAUGCAAAUUAUAUGUUUGUAAAUAAAAGGAUAUUAUGCUUA